UUGGUUGGGAGGAUUUAUUCUGAUUAUUUCAAAUUAAACAUGGAGAUUUCAGGGAGUGCAUUUUGGAAUAUGGAUUUAUCAGAUUCUAUACAAAAUUUAGGCCAAAAAUAGUCUGCCCAUCCAUUAUCAUCAGUCCUUGUUGGGAAGUCUAGGAACCUUUCCCUUUUCUAUUUUCUUUUCCUUGUCAUCAUAUUGCCAACACCUUGCAGCUUUGGAUUUUUCAACCCAAAAAACCCACCAUGGGCUUGGAAAUUUCCAUCAUCUCCCUGUCUCAUCCAAAGUCCGGGUUUGGGCUCAGCUGCUGAGGAGAAUGCACUGGUUUUCUUCAGUUGCUGGUCCUUAUAUAAUUUACAGCAAACACCACACAGAGUAGAAAUAUUGGUAUGCCUCUCCACCUGAAGUUCUGUCAAAGUGACGCCGUGAUGGUGAUAAUCAUAAUCUAAACAAAGCACAAAAUAAUGAAGACCCAUCAAUAUUCCAAUCACAAAUGGUAGCAAAAGCACAAAAUGUUUACAAACCUCGGUAGUAUUUUAAUGGUAAAUGGCAGCGCGCAUGCUGCAAAUAUGACACAUUUUUCAACUUUUACACCCAAGCCUUAAUGGAUAAACACAUGUUUUAGGACACAGUCCGGAUGCUUCAAGUUCCUCACUUAGCAUUCUCUACAAUAUCGUCUUCAAUCAAAAUGAAAAUGUUGACAUUUUCUCUCUGCCUUUCAUUGUUAUUUUCCAUCUUGAUCUUCAUCGAUCCCUCCUCCUAUGCUGCUGAUUUUCAGCCAACCAAGCUUGUGAACAAGGUAUGUAACCAAACCUCUAACUAUAACUUCUGUGUUGAGUCUCUGUACACCGAUUCACGUACCCACAAAGCUGAACGCUAUGAGCUCGCUUACGUUGCAUUCCGGCUGGCAUCAUUUAAAGCCACUAGCACCAAAGACCACAUAGCUAAGCUGCUAAAUAAUAAUGCAACCGCAGGGCAAAGCCACCAUCUCCAGAGGUGUUCUCGGGUGUACAAGAAGGCUGUUUCUGCCCUUGCCGAGGCUUACGGAGACUUGGACUCUGAGAGCUUCUACAUGUUGGUUGGUUUGUCAAAUCAUGCCGCCCACGCUGCUGCCGACUGUCAGGCCACUUUGAAGGGAACGCGCCUACUUUCCCCACUGACUGCCAUGAACGAGGUUUUUAAGGUUCUUUGUGAAAUUUGCGUUGCCGUCUCUAGAUUAUUUUAGCAUUUUGUAUUUGUGAGAUUAGUCUUCUAUGAUCCAUGUGAGAAACAAGGGACUGCAAUAGAUACUUAAACUAAAUAUGACUACAUCCUCUCAUUUUCUUUUACUGAGAGAGGUUUGAACCAAUUGAACUUGGUAUAAGGUACUCGAUCAUCCCCAAGGUAAAA